UUUAAAGGCAGCUGUCAAAAGCGACGAGCACACAUCUCAUACGAGACAUUACAUAAUAAAUCUCCCUACGAGCGUUACAAUAGUCCCAUUGCCGAAUCAGCUGAACUAACAACAAGAGCUGGCCAACAGAAUAGCCGGUUUUUGAGUGAGAGAGACCUGCCGCUUCACUGACGUGUCAUUCAACUCGAUCGAGAACCCGAGAAUUUCAGAGUUUGGAGUUUCGGAGAGCCCAGCCAGUUCUUGCUGACGAUCGGCAAGAGUAAGGUCAAGUUUAGAAGUCUCUGUUUUUGCCACGAAGAUGAUGCGGAUUUUGGUGACUCUGCUGCUGGCCGCUUUCUACUCCAUUCCGACCACCUGGGCCAUAUCCUGUACUGGCUGCGUGGAUCUGGAUGAGCUCAAUUUCCAGAAGACGGUGGAGCGGUUUCCCUUCUCAAUUGUUAAAUUCGACAUUGCAUUUCCGUACGGCGAGAAGCAUGAGGCCUUUGCCGCCUUCUCGAAAUCCGCCCACAAAGCAACUACGGACCUACUAAUAGCCACCGUUGGCAUUAAGGACUACGGAGAACUGGAGAACAAGGCUCUUGGCGACCGGUUUAAAGUCGACGACAAGAAUUUCCCGGCCAUCUUCUUGUUCAAGGGGAAUGUCGAGGAGUACAUCCAGCUGCCCAGCCACACGGACGUCACUCUGGACAACUUAAAGGCCUUUAUCAGUGCCAACACACCUCUAUAUAUCGGUCGCGAUGGCUGUAUCAAGGAGUUCAAUGAUGCGCUGAAGAACUACGCCAACAUCCCCGAUGCAGAGCAACUAGCACUCAUGGAGAAGCUGCAGGCCAAGCAGGAGCAGUUGACAAAUCCCGAGGUGCAGCAGAGCGGCAAGGCCUAUCUGAUCUAUAUGCGGAAGAUCCAUGAGCAGGGAUACGGGUUCCUGGAGGAGGAGACCAAGCGCCUUUUGCGCCUCAAGGCCGGCAAGGUCACGCAGGGCAAGAAGGAGGAGCUGCUGCGGAAGCUCAAUAUUCUGGACGCCUUCAGAGUUCACAAGGUCACCAAGGCUUCGCCCGAAAAGGAGGAGUUGUAGGCUUCCAAAACUUGAAUUUGUUAAAUAUAUAGAUUAUUAAGAAUCUUUUAUGAUCAUUAUAAGUGUCGAAGGCUCGGCAGACAAGUGUGAAUGUACAAUAAAACCAAAAUAUAAACAAAA